CCAGGGAAAAGUUGCAGAAUCCGGAAUAGGCGGCAGGAUACGAUCGGCGCGCGAGAGUAAAGAUCUCAAUCCACACUCGUCUAGCAAACAAGUGGUUUCAGUGUGCGUCGGAGCUGCGAUGAGGGCGCGCUUGAUGCUUUGACACAAGGAGCAACCAGUCAUCAUCUAGCGCGCCGAUUUGACGAUGAUCAGCUCCGUGUGCGUUUCGUCCUACCGAGGGCGCAAGUCUGGCAAUAAACCUCCUUCUAAAUCAUGUCUAAAAGAGGAUUUGUCCAGAGGCGAGGACUCGGAUAAGAUCAUCAUCAACGUAGGUGGCACCCGGCACGAGACCUACAAGAGCACGCUCCGCACCUUGCCGGGCACCCGCCUGGCGUGGCUGGCGCACCCGGAGCCGCAGGUGGGCUCCGAAGAGUCGUGCAACUCUCCGACGCCGACACCGACGCCGCCGCCGCCGCCGCCGAGCAGCAGCGCCGGCGGGGAGCUGUUCUUCGACCGUCACCCGGGUAUCUUCGCCUACGUGCUCAACUACUACCGCACUGGCAAGCUGCACUGUCCGGCCGAUGUGUGCGGGCCGCUCUUCGAGGAGGAACUGGCCUUCUGGGGCAUCGACGAAACGGACGUGGAGCCGUGCUGCUGGAUGACUUACCGCCAGCAUCGCGACGCCGAGGAGGCCCUGGAGACCUUCGAACCGCCCGAGCCGGAUGACAACACAGACGACGACGGUGACAUGCCGCGGCGCUUCGGCAUCGAGGAGUGCCCGGGCAGGUCUAGGGGUUGCUGUGAAGUUUGGCAGCCGAAGAUAUGGGCCCUUUUUGACGACCCGUACUCGUCCAGAGCAGCCAGGGGAGUGGCCUUGGCAUCCCUUUUCUUCAUUCUGGUGUCCAUCACCACCUUCUGCCUGGAGACCCACCAAGCAUUCAACGAGCUCCAGAACCGCACAGAGCGCGUGCUUGUGGGCAACGUGACACGGGAAGAGGUGCGUGUGGAGAUGGUGACUAAGCCGAUCCUCACCCUGGUGGAAGGCAUAUGCGUGCUUUGGUUCACUUUUGAGUUCAUGGUGAGGAUUGCAUGCUGCCCAGACAAGCUGCUUUUUAUCAAGAACUCACUGAACAUCAUCGACUUUGUGGCCAUCCUGCCCUUCUAUUUGGAGAUGGGCCUGAGCGGCCUGUCGGCCAAGGCGGCCAAUGACGUCCUAGGUUUCCUACGAGUGGUCCGCUUCGUCCGCAUCCUUCGGAUUUUCAAGCUUACUCGACACUUUGUGGGUCUGCGCGUACUUGGGCACACGCUAAGGGCGAGCGUCAACGAGUUUCUGCUACUCAUCAUCUUCUUGGCUCUGGGAGUUCUUAUAUUCGCCACCAUGAUUUACUACGCCGAACGCAUCGGAGCCAGUCCACAAGAUCCCACCGGUGCCAAACACACACACUUCAAGAACAUCCCCAUCAGCUUCUGGUGGGCUGUUGUCACCAUGACCACACUAGGCUACGGAGACAUGUACCCGCAGACGUGGCUGGGCAUGAUGGUGGGGGCCUUGUGCGCCCUGGCAGGAGUGCUGACAAUCGCCAUGCCCGUGCCGGUUAUCGUCAACAAUUUUGGGAUGUACUACUCACUGGCCAUGGCAAAGCAGAAGCUCCCUAAGAAAAAGAAAAAGCACAACCCCAACCCCGACGCGCAGACCGACUCGGCUUCCUUCGGCAAGUCGGAUAGCAAUUCAUGCAGGGAAAGCACUCAGAGUGACAUGUGUCCACUCGCUGCCGACGACAACCGAACAGACUCCAAGCAGAACGGCGACGCCAACGUGGCCCUUUCUGAGGAGGAAGGCUGCAGCCUGACCCAGCCGCUGUCCCCCAGUGAGAAAUGGUCCCUGCGCUGUCCCCGGGGGAGAGAUCGCACCAAGAAGGAAGCCACCUGUUUCCUGCUAACCCCUGGAGAGCCCAGCGUCCACUAUGAAACUUGUAAAGACAAGAUGGCAGGCCCUGCAACCUAUACGAAAGCAGAUGUCACCUCAAUGACCUGAUGCUGAUUGGCUAGGAUAAGGGGGUGGGGGCAUGAACUUGUCUGUAUUUAUUUUACACUUUCUGAAGGAUUCUAGACUCAAUUCUUCAGAUUCCCCUCCUCCACACAUAACAAGGUGAAUAUGAGUUGCAUCUUUGACCAUGUACAUAACACAUGUUUGACAGCAUGUAUUGCAUGAUCGAAUGCUGUACAGUAGGUCCCGUCACUAUUUAGUAAUGUAGCAACAUUUGCCUUUAGUUUUACAUCUGUUACCUUUGCUUUUGGCUACCUCUGCUUUUGGCUACCUUUUUGUUUUGUUUUCUAACUAUGCACCUUUCCCCCCUGCUCCCAUUUUGGAUUAAUUGUUGAUGAACUUGUCACUCUGUCUAUAAGAACAGAUCACCAAACUACAAACAAUAAAUCAAAUGCAAUACUGUCCUGAACUCAACAUUGCAUAGCCGCUGAGUGCUGCGCUGGGAAUAGCCAGUGGGUAUGUCGGAUAUACUUCUAACCUUGUGAUUUUGUAUGUACAGCAUAACAGUAACUGUGAACUAGGUUUCGAAGGGAAAACAAUCCUUUUGUUUUUGUGUUUGGGAUUAGGAUUAAGGAGUAAUGUAUUUAUGCGCAACACAGCAUUUGUAAAGUUACCCAAUUUUAUCCCACUUUUAUUUUGUCUUGAGACAAAUCAAAUCCAUUUGGUGCAAUGUUGUCUGCUUAUGACAUUUACUGUAAAUGCUGGUUGAGUUAGGACCAAAUGUUGACUCAUGUAGUAGAAAACAGCAACAAAAAGGCUGGAUUCACACUGCAUGCUGAAGAUCAAGUGGCAAUUCCCGUGUUUUACUCUUAAGUGGCACAAAUGGGAGAUGUGUCAUGGAAGAACAAAGGGGGGAAGGGAGGGUGAAUCAGAUAUCCGAAUAGGAAUCAGGCCAAAAAAAUAUAUCUGUCAGUCUUUAAAUACAUUAAGAUACAUCUGCUGUAAAUUUAAACAAUAGCAAAAGCAUGGGGAAUUUAUUACGAUAGUUUAAAUAUACGAUAUUACAGAAAUCUGGGCAACUCGGUAAAUGCAGUAGGUAUAAAAAGUCUACAACACCUCUUGAAAUGCCAAGGGUUUUUUUGGGGGGAGGGUUCAGGAAAAGCACUCAAUAUGGUGGCAGGUGUGUGCUCAAUCCGUUGGAACAUGAGUUUUAAUGUUGACUGGUGAAUUCUGAACACAACCAGAUUCUAGAGCAUAAAGACUUUUUAUAUCCACUGACUGACGUAAAUAUGCUAAAUUCAGGCGGCUAAUAUUUACAAUAUUAACUCAUGAUAAAAAAAAUAAUAAUAAUAACAUCAAAACCAUGUGGAACAUUGAAUAUGGGUUAAAAACAACACUACAGGGAUAGGAAAAGGAAUAUAAAAGGGAUUUACGUUCAGUACAAAACAUGCGGCACUAGAGGUACAGUAUAUAGAUAUUAAACAGGAUGUACGCAUAUACCGACGUCAUCUUUAAAAAAAAAAAAAAUUUUAGGAAACACAAAAAAUUAACAAUAUGAUGAUAUUUUGCUAAUUAUGAUCAAUUUUGAAAAUUGUGUCCAAAAGGACUUGCAUAAAUGAAUGAAAAUUAAUAAGAGGUUGGCGAUAUAAAAUGGUGUAUAGAACACAAAAUAGAGAUAUAAUCAAUAAGUUACAUUUGGGUAUGGCCAUCGAAUCAAAUGUGAAUAUGUUCAAUUUAAUUAAGGUGUAUAUGAACUAAAUAAGUGUAGUGCUGUAAAGACGUAUGCUGGUGUCUUUCAUGCAGACGGCGGAAAUUCAAAACCAUACCAAUCCAAAAUAUGCAGCCAUUGCUUGUCCAAAGCAAAGACAAAAAUGCUUUUAGAAUUUGUUUGGGCAUUUGGUGAAAUAUAUAUAUAUGAAUAAAUAGUUAUGCCAAACUGAUUUUACAAAGCGAAAAUUAUGACAAGUUUCAUGUAGAUGCUCCGCUCAUGGGUGAAGGACUUGGACUGAACACUUUCCAUUGUAAUAUUUAUUUGAUAUCUAUAUUACAUAUACAGUAUACAGUGGUACCUCUACAUACGAAGUUAAUUCGUUCCACGACCUUGUUUGUAAGUCGAAAAGGUUGUACAGUAUGUCUAGCAGGAUUUUCCCAUAAGAAUAACCAUUAGUUAUUUCCAAAGUCCGAAAACCUACACUAAAUAAAUACUGCUGGUACAAUUACAAAUGGCAAUUACACAUAGCAAAACAAAUGAAUUAUAAAUAAAAAUCAGACUAAUAAUAAUAUUUCCUGUAAUAAUGUAAAGAAUCGGGUUCUAAUGUGGCGGAUGUGUUUUGCGUGCUAUACCUAAAUGCAUCCCGUGGCUGAAGUGAUAGUGAGAUAUAUGCAGUAGAGAUUUAAUCUUCUCUUUUAAUUUUCUGUUGUUGACGUCAACUGAGGCGGACAGUAGGCGUCCUGUGUUUCACAAGGUCUGAAAUAAAUAAAACCUGAAGAAGCUGGCAAUUUCUUGGGAGAUGUUACCACAAUACUAAUUGUCACCUUAACGUAUAAAGACUGGCGAACAGAGGUCAGAGGAGGACCGUCGAGCUCGUAGACAUUCUACAGCGGUAUUGUCGAGCCACUGCACGGAUGCACAAACCACGCUCAUAUUUUUUUAUCAUUUACAUCUUCAUUUUAAUGGUAAGCGUCACCUUUUUCCUUUUUUCACCACCUGCACUAACCUUCUUGGAACCCAUGUUGAUUUCUCUCACAAGAAAAAAAUCACCUGUACACCCGUCUUGCGGGAAAUCAAUGAGACUGCGGCGCUGUCAUAAAUCGUCGUAUUUCGAGCAUGUCGUCAGAUGUAUAAACAAAUGGCAUGGCAAGUCAAAUUUUACGUCGGAUGUCGAAAAGAUCGUGUGUCAAAGCGAUCUUAUGUCAAGGUACUACUUUUUUUUAAAAUUCAAUGUGCUCAUUGCCCAAUUGUUAUUAUUUAUUUUGUUUUUUUUACAUAUUUUUUUAUAUUAAUUUAUUUUUAUACUGUCGCAAAGAGUCACACGGUGCAGGACUCUGGAAAUGUAGAUUUAAUAAACAGUUUUUAAAAAUGCAUACAUGAUUGGAAUAGCAAUUUUGCACUUAAUUGUGCUGUGUAAAUCCAGCCUUAGCAUCCAUUUUGCUCACAUUCCAGUGAGGUCUCAUGUUGAGUAAUGCAGCUGGACUAUGUGCUGUAACGUAAUUGGUUUACUUCCUGUGUUGAAACCAGCUGCUAUUGACAUUUGCAUUACACAUUGUAUACAGUAAUCCUCUUCACAGUCUACCAUAGUGGCCUUAUGUUUAUUACAAGUUCAUUCAAAUCCAUGUCUAGACAGUGUGUAUAUAAUAAGCACAGUUGUACUGUUUGUACAGGAUGUGGCUUAUUCUGAUUGUUUUUAUUUUCUUUUUGUAAGUUUGUAAAUAUAUGAUAUGUGUAUGUACCAUGAAUGAAGAAUGUAUUAUUUUCCUAAUAACAAAGAAGCACAUCAGUUGUUUAUGCAUUAAUGUGCUUGUAAGAUAGUCUUGUGUUCUAUGCACAUAUGAACUAAAUAGAGUCCCCUUUAAGCGCGGUGUCGCAAAUAAAAAUAAAAAGUGUUGGGUUUUUUCCAU